GGCGGGCUGGGUUUGAUGGCACAGCUAUUUGCUUUCCAAACUAUUGAGAAUGAUGAACGAAGACGCAGCCCCCAAAAGCGACAGUGGAGAGAAGUUCAACGGCGGUAGUCAGAGAAGAAAAAGACCCAAGAAGUCUGACAGCAAUGCAAGUUUCCUUCGUGCUGCCCGUGCGGGCAACCUGGACAAGGUUGUGGAAUACCUGAAGGGUGGGAUCGACAUCAACACCUGCAACCAGAAUGGACUCAAUGCUCUCCAUCUGGCUGCCAAGGAAGGCCACGUGGGGCUGGUCCAGGAGCUGCUGGGCAGAGGGUCCUCUGUGGAUUCUGCUACUAAGAAGGGAAACACUGCUCUUCACAUCGCCUCUCUGGCUGGACAGGCGGAGGUUGUCAAAGUCCUUGUUAAAGAAGGAGCCAACAUAAAUGCACAGUCUCAGAAUGGCUUCACUCCAUUAUACAUGGCAGCCCAGGAGAAUCACAUCGAUGUUGUCAAAUACUUGCUGGAAAAUGGAGCCAACCAGAGCACUGCUACAGAGGAUGGAUUUACUCCUCUAGCUGUGGCCCUCCAGCAGGGACAUAACCAGGCAGUGGCCAUCCUCUUGGAGAAUGACACCAAAGGGAAAGUGCGGCUGCCGGCCCUGCACAUUGCAGCCAGGAAAGAUGACACCAAAUCUGCAGCUCUCCUGCUUCAGAACGAUCACAAUGCGGAUGUACAAUCCAAGAUGAUGGUGAAUAGAACAACUGAGAGUGGUUUCACCCCUUUGCACAUAGCCGCGCACUAUGGAAACGUCAACGUGGCCACUCUUCUUCUCAAUCGGGGAGCUGCGGUGGAUUUUACAGCCAGGAAUGGAAUUACACCUCUGCACGUGGCUUCUAAACGGGGAAACACAAAUAUGGUGAAGCUCCUGCUGGAUCGAGGUGGUCAGAUCGAUGCCAAAACUAGGGAUGGGUUGACGCCCCUUCAUUGUGCUGCGCGAAGUGGGCAUGACCAGGUGGUGGAGCUGCUGUUGGAGCGAGGAGCUCCCUUGCUGGCCAGGACCAAGAAUGGCCUGUCUCCACUUCACAUGGCUGCCCAGGGGGAUCACGUGGAAUGUGUGAAGCAUCUGCUACAGCACAAGGCGCCUGUUGAUGAUGUCACCUUGGACUACCUGACAGCCCUCCAUGUUGCUGCACACUGUGGCCACUACCGUGUAACCAAACUCCUUCUGGACAAGAGAGCCAACCCGAAUGCCAGAGCUCUGAAUGGUUUUACUCCACUGCAUAUUGCCUGCAAGAAAAACCGCAUCAAAGUCAUGGAACUGCUGGUGAAAUAUGGGGCUUCCAUCCAAGCUAUCACAGAGUCUGGCCUCACACCAAUACAUGUGGCGGCCUUCAUGGGCCACUUGAACAUUGUCCUCCUUCUGCUGCAGAACGGAGCCUCUCCAGAUGUCACUAACAUUCGUGGUGAGACUGCCCUGCAUAUGGCGGCUCGGGCAGGGCAGGUGGAAGUCGUCCGGUGCCUCCUGAGAAACGGUGCCCUGGUGGAUGCCAGAGCCAGGGAGGAGCAGACACCUCUGCACAUUGCCUCCCGCCUAGGCAAGACAGAGAUCGUCCAGCUGCUUCUACAGCACAUGGCCCAUCCAGACGCGGCGACCACAAACGGGUACACACCGCUGCACAUCUCUGCCCGAGAAGGCCAGCUGGAUGUGGCCUCUGUCCUCCUGGAGGCGGGAGCUGCUCACUCCCUGGCCACCAAGAAGGGCUUCACUCCCCUGCAUGUGGCAGCCAAGUAUGGAAGCCUGGAUGUGGCAAAACUUCUCUUGCAACGCCGUGCAGCUGCAGACUCUGCAGGAAAGAAUGGCCUUACCCCGCUCCAUGUCGCUGCUCACUAUGACAACCAGAAGGUGGCGCUGCUGCUCCUGGAGAAGGGUGCUUUCCCCCAUGCCACUGCCAAGAAUGGUUACACACCUUUACACAUCGCUGCCAAGAAGAAUCAGAUGCAGAUCGCGUCCACACUCCUGAAUUACGGAGCCGAGACCAACAUUGUGACGAAGCAGGGAGUCACCCCACUCCACCUGGCCUCCCAGGAGGGUCAUGCAGACAUGGUCACUUUGCUUCUGGACAAGGGAGCUAACAUCCACAUGUCAACCAAGAGUGGCCUCACAUCCUUACACCUUGCAGCCCAAGAAGAUAAAGUCAAUGUCGCUGAUAUUCUUACGAAGCAUGGGGCCGACAAAGAUGCUCAUACAAAGCUUGGUUACACUCCUUUAAUUGUGGCCUGUCACUAUGGUAAUGUGAAGAUGGUCAACUUUCUUCUGAAACAGGGGGCAAAUGUGAAUGCAAAAACCAAGAACGGCUACACACCUUUGCACCAGGCUGCCCAGCAAGGCCACACGCACAUCAUCAAUGUCCUGCUCCAGCAUGGCGCCAAGCCCAAUGCCACCACCGCGAAUGGUAACACCGCCUUGGCGAUUGCGAAGCGCCUGGGCUACAUCUCUGUGGUCGAUACUCUGAAGGUGGUGACUGAAGAGGUGACCACCACCACCACGACUAUAACUGAAAAACACAAGCUCAAUGUUCCUGAGACAAUGACUGAGGUCCUGGAUGUGUCUGAUGAAGAGGGUGAUGACACAAUGACCGGGGAUGGGGGGGAAUACCUGAGGCCUGAAGAUCUCAAAGAACUAGGUGACGACUCCCUGCCCAGCAGUCAGUUCCUGGACGGCAUGAAUUACCUGCGCUACAGCUUGGAGGGGGGGCGAUCUGACAGCCUUCGAUCCUUCAGUUCCGACAGGUCUCACACUCUCAGCCACGCAUCCUACCUAAGGGACAGUGCCAUGAUCGAAGACACGGUGGUGAUCCCCAGUCACCAGGUGUCAACUCUAGCCAAGGAGGCAGAAAGGAAUUCUUAUCGUCUGAGCUGGGGCACUGAGAACUUAGACAACGUGGCUCUUUCUUCCAGCCCCAUUCAUUCUGGUUUCCUGGUUAGUUUUAUGGUGGAUGCCCGAGGCGGUGCUAUGAGAGGAUGCAGACACAAUGGGCUCCGGAUCAUUAUUCCACCUCGGAAAUGCACAGCCCCAACACGAGUCACCUGCCGGCUGGUUAAACGCCAUAGACUGGCGACAAUGCCUCCAAUGGUGGAAGGGGAAGGCCUGGCCAGUCGCCUGAUCGAAGUUGGACCCUCUGGUGCUCAGUUCCUUGGUAAACUUCACCUGCCAACGGCUCCUCCCCCACUUAAUGAGGGAGAAAGUCUGGUCAGCCGCAUCCUUCAGCUGGGGCCUCCUGGAACCAAAUUCCUUGGGCCUGUGAUCGUGGAGAUCCCGCACUUUGCCGCCCUUAGAGGGAAGGAGAGGGAACUUGUGGUCCUGCGCAGUGAGAAUGGGGACAACUGGAAAGAACAUUUCUGUGACUACACCGAAGAUGAGCUGAAUGAGAUUCUUAAUGGCAUGGAUGAAGUGCUGGAUAGCCCGGAAGACCUUGAAAAGAAACGAAUCUGCCGCAUCAUCACUCGGGACUUUCCGCAGUACUUUGCGGUGGUCUCUCGCAUCAAGCAGGACAGCAACCUGAUCGGGCCGGAGGGAGGCGUGCUCAGCAGCACCGUGGUGCCCCAGGUGCAGGCCGUGUUCCCGGAGGGGGCUCUGACCAAGCGCAUCCGAGUGGGGCUCCAGGCUCAGCCCAUGCACAGUGAGCUUGUUAAGAAGAUCCUAGGAAACAAAGCUACCUUCAGCCCCAUUGUCACUUUGGAGCCUAGAAGAAGAAAAUUCCAUAAGCCAAUCACCAUGACCAUUCCAGUCCCCAAAGCUUCAAGUGACGUCAUGUUGAAUGGUUUUGGGGGAGAUGCACCAACCUUAAGAUUGCUAUGCAGUAUCACAGGUGGAACCACCCCUGCCCAGUGGGAAGACAUCACAGGAACCACGCCACUCACGUUUGUCAACGAGUGUGUUUCCUUCACCACCAACGUGUCUGCCAGAUUCUGGCUGAUAGAUUGUCGACAGAUCCAAGAAUCUGUUACCUUUGCAUCACAAGUAUAUAGAGAAAUUAUUUGUGUACCUUAUAUGGCCAAAUUUGUAGUGUUUGCCAAAUCCCAUGAUCCCAUUGAAGCCAGGUUAAGAUGUUUCUGCAUGACUGAUGAUAAGGUGGACAAGACUCUUGAACAACAAGAAAACUUCUCUGAGGUGGCCAGGAGCAGGGAUGUAGAGGUAUUAGAAGGAAAACCCAUCUAUGUUGACUGUUUUGGCAACCUGGUGCCACUAACCAAGAGUGGUCAACACCAUAUAUUCAGUUUUUUUGCCUUCAAAGAAAAUAGACUUCCUCUCUUUGUCAAGGUGCGUGACACAACUCAGGAACCUUGCGGGCGACUAUCAUUUAUGAAAGAACCAAAAUCCACUAGAGGUCUGGUGCACCAAGCUAUUUGCAACUUAAACAUCACGCUUCCAAUUUAUACAAAGGAAUCAGAGUCAGAUCAAGAGCAGGAGGAAGAGAUCGAUAUGACAUCAGAAAAAAAUGAUGAGACAGAAUCUACAGAAACAUCUGUGCUGAAAAGUCACCUGGUUAAUGAAGUUCCUGUCCUAGCAAGUCCGGACUUGCUCUCGGAAGUUUCUGAGAUGAAACAAGACUUGAUCAAAAUGACCGCCAUCUUGACCACAGAUGUGUCUGAUAAGGCAGGUUCCCUUAAAGUGAAGGAGCUGGAGAAGGCUGCUGAGGACGAGCCCGGCGAGCCCUUUGAAAUUGUGGAAAGAGUGAAAGAGGACUUAGAGAAAGUGAAUGAGAUCCUGAGAAGUGGAACCUGUGUGAGCGAUGAAGGCAGAGGGCAGAGUUCUCAGGCUGAGCCAGAACUAGUGGAAGAGGAAUGGGUGCUUGUCAGUGAGGAAGAAAUAGAAGAAGCUAAGCUAAAAGCCCCUUUAGAAAUCACUGAAUAUCCAUGUGUAGAGGUUAGAAUAGGCCAAGAGACCAAAGUCAAGACAGAGAAAGAUUCAACUGGGCUAGUGAACUACCUUACUGAGGACCUCAAUUCGUAUGCACCACCUCAUAGGGACAAACCAGUUCAAGACACACCAGGGAAGACUUCUGAGGCUCCAGCCACCGGCAAGGGCUCUGAUCAUGAAAAGAAGGGUACCCCGUCAGGAGAGAAACAGAGUACCCUUAAACAGGUCAAAGCAAGCCUGGGAAUCAAAAAGCCCGUGAGAAGAAAAUUAAAAGAAAAGCCCAAACCAAAAGAAGAAAGUUCACAAGCCAGUGAGGAAAAGACUGAGCUUAAAAAGUGUAGCUCCGAGGAGUCAGUGGAUGAAGACUCAGGGUUAGCCCCUGAACCUCUCCCCACGGUGAAGGCCACAUCUCCUCUGAUAGAAGAAACUCCCAUUGGCUCCAUCAAGGACAAAGUGAAGGCCCUCCAGAAGCGAGUGGAAGAUGAACAGAAAGGGCGAAGCAAGUUGCCCAUUAGAGUCAAAGGCAAAGAGGAGGUGCCCAAAAAGGCCCCUCUCAGGACACAUCCAGCUGCGUCAUCCCCCUCUCUGAAGUCAGACAGGCAUGCACCAUCCUCUAAAGCAGAAAGGCUUUCUUCCCUCUCCUCUGCAAAACCAGAGAGGCACGCUCCAGUGUCGCCAUCUGGUAAACCUGAGAAACACUCACCUGUGUCUCCCUCUGCCAAACCGGAAAGACAUUCACCUGUGUUGUCAAGUAAACCUGAGAAACACUCACCUGGGUCACCUUCAACAAAAACGGAACGACACUCCCCUGUGUCAUCGACAAAAACAGAAAGACACUCGCCGGCAUCCCCUUCAGGGAAAACAGACAAACGCCCACCCAUAUCACCUUCUAGUAGAACAGAGAAACAUCCCCCAGUGUCACCUGGGAGAACAGAAAAACGCCUGCCUGUGUCCCCUUCUGGAAGAACGGAAAAGCAUUCGCCUGUGUCAACCACUGGGAAAAACGACAGGCACCUUCCUGUGUCACCCUCUGGGAAAACAGACAAGCAGCCUCCUGUAUCACCCACCUCAAAAACAGAGAGAAUUGAGGAAACCAUGUCGGUUCGAGAGUUGAUGAAAGCUUUCCAGUCAGGCCAAGACCCAUCUAAACAUAAAACCGGACUCUUUGAGCACAAAUCAGUAAAACAAAAGCAGUCCCAGGAAAAAAGUAAAAGUCGGUUAGAAAAAGAGAAGGGGCAGGCAAUUACCCAGAGAGAUAUACAGAGAACAGAGUCAAUCAAACGUGGCCAGAAAUUCCUGGUAACUGGUACUCCAGAAUCCAGAAGAAGAGCUCACGCGAUCGCCAUGGGGUUGAAGAGAGAUGAAGCUGUUGGAGAAAAGGAGAAAGCUGCCAACCACAAAACUCCCGAACCUGUUCAGCCAGCAUCUGAAGAAGAAAGCCAUCAAGAGCCUGAUAGGUCCAAAGAAAAGAGGGCGGAGGAGCAGGGAGAGAUGGAACUUCAGAUCAGCCCCAACAGAAAAACCUCCACUGACUUUUCUGAAGUCAUUAAGCAAGAGUUAGAAAGCAAUGACAAAUAUCAACAAUUCUGCAUGAGCCAAGAGACUGAAAAAGCUCAAUUGCAAUUAGACCAGGUCCUCACCAGCCCUUUUAACACCACCUUCCCACUAGAUUACAUGAAAGACGACUUUCUCCCUGCUCUUUCUUUACAGAGUGGUACUUUGGAUAGCAGUGCUGAGGGCCUAAAGCCGGAAGGGCUAGCACCCUCUCCUUGUGGCAGCCUGAUGGAGGGGACCCCUCAGAUAAGUUCAGAAGAGAGCUAUAAGCAUGAGGGUCUAGCAGAGACCCCUGAGACUAGCCCAGAGAGCCUGUCCUUCUCACCAAAGAAAAGUGAGGAACAAAUGGAGGAGACAAAGGGAAUCACCCCAAAGGUAGAAACACCCCUAGAAAUUCCUUCAGAGAAAGAACAUCCCACAACCAAAGACAGGAUGGAUGGUUGUGAAGAUCAAGGUGCUGCACUGGCUGAGGGUUCGGAGCUCGCUUCUGAACGUUCUCACAGGGAGGUCUCUCCAGAUGCUCCCCAGCCUGUGUCUCCUCAACAAGAAGGACCUGGCAAUUCUAGCACAUCAUUGACAAAAGAAUCACCCCGGACAGUCCCUGAGGAUGCAUCAUCCUGUGGGGAAGGUCAGCUCAUACCCCAAAGUUCAGCUCAAGAGGCACAGGCUAAUCGGGAAGCUCAGGAAUCUCCAACCACCUUAGAGGGGAUGGAAACUUCACCAUUGCCUGGUGCUUCUGUAAAGACAGACACAGACAUGGGAUCCAAGCCCCAGGGGGUCAUUAGAAGUCCUCAGGGAUUAGAACUUGCCCUCCCUAGCCGAGACAGUGAGGUACUUAGCCCAAUGGCUGACGAGUCCUUAGCAGUCAGCCACAAAGAUUCUUUGGAAGCCAGCCCUGUGUUAGAAGAUAACUCCUCGCACAAAACUCCCGAUUCUCUGGAACCAAGUCCUCUGAAGGAAUCUCCUUGCCGGGAUUCCUUGGAAAGUAGCCCCGUUGAACCAAAGACCAAGGCAGGGAUGCUGUCAAGUCAUUUCCCUUAUCCCGCAGCUAUUUCCAAAACAGAACUCAUGACGGAAGUGGUCUCCAUGAGGUCCCGGCUCCUCCGAGACCCUGAUGGAAGUGCUGAGGAUGAUAGCCUUGAGCAGACAUCCCUCAUGGAGAGCUCCGGGAAGAGCCCCCUCUCCCCCGACACCCCCAGCUCGGAAGAAGUUAGCUAUGAGGUCACACCCAAAGCCACCGAGGCCACUUCUGCCCCCAAGCCAGCUGUCAUUCAGGAGUGCGCCGAGGAGGAUGACUCAGAAAAUGGAGAGAAAAAGAGGUUCACUCCAGAAGAGGAAAUGUUCAAAAUGGUCACCAAAAUCAAGAUGUUCGAUGAACUUGAACAGGAAGCUAAGCAGAAAAGGGAUUACAGAAAAGAGUCCAAGCAAGAGGAAUCUUCCUCAGCCUCCGACCCCGAUGGUGACUGUUCAGUAGGCCUGGAGGAACCCAAACAGAUGGAGGGUGUAGAGGGUGAAAGAGAUGUCCCUGUCCUGGUGACCUCCGAGAGCAGAAAGGCUUCUUCCUCUUCAGAAAGUGAGCCUGAACUGACUCAGCUAAAGAAAGGUGCCGACUCAGGCCUUUUGUCAGAACCAGUAAUUCGAGUGCAACCUCCUUCCCCACUUCCAUCCAGCAUGGACUCCAAUUCUAGUCCCGAAGAAGUUCAGUUCCAGCCUAUAGUUUCCAAACAAUAUACCUUCAAGAUGAAUGAAGAGCUUCCGGAAGAGCCAAGUACCUCAGAAGAAGAGAAAGAGGGUGAGGCUCAUUUAGCUGAGGAUAGACCCACAGUUUCUCCUGAGGGUGUAGUUAGACCUUGUGAGGAUCUGAAUGGAGCCACCCAUCAGCCAGAGAUCUGUGAUGGUCAUGGGUGUGAGCCCGUGAGUCCUAGCAACUCAGCUGGACCGGUCUGCUUGGGUCACCAGAACUUGUCAGGUGAUGAUGUCGAUGAGCAGCUAGCCUUUCAGAAAGACACCCCAACUCCCCAAGACAGACACGGAAAUGACACAGGAGGAGGAGAACAUGAUGUUUCUGGAAUAGAAUCUCCACCAGGAGCUUGCCCCAGCGAAAGCUCUUCUUUGCUUCAUUGUCCGAUAUCUGAGGGGGAGAAGUUAGGUGAAGGGACAUUCUCUACCUCUUCCACUACAAAUGUGGAGGUCACAAAAACGGACCAAAGUGUGGAGAGCAUAUCAAAAGACUGUUCCAUUCAAGACUCUUCUGUCCCUCCCCAUGCAGAUAGUGUUUCCAUAGCUUCUCUAACGGGUGAUCCAGCCAAGGCCGAUGAAAUCCCUGAUCCUCAAAUUACCAGCCCUUAUGAAAAUGUUCCUUCCCCCUCUUUUUUCUCUAGUGAAGAAAGCAAAACCCAACCAGAUAUGAAUUACACCACAACCUUUCACUCUUCUGAAGGGUAUUCUGCUACCAUGACAUUCUCUGUUGAGGAUGUAGAAGUGAAAAGCUCUUCACCUAGGACUGUUUCGAGCGAACGAUGUAAUUUCGAGAGCCAGAGCCUCGAAGGAGCAUCCGAACAAGAAAGUACCUCAUGGGAAGUGCAGUCAGAGAAAGCUUCCUCGUCUCUAGAACCUACUCUAUCUAGGACACCAGAAGUCAUCGGUGAGCAAAUAAGCAAAGUCAUUAUCACCAAAACAGAUGUGGAUGCUGAUUCCUGGAGCGAGAUUCGUGAAGAUGACGAAGCCUUUGAAGCGCGAGUGAAAGAAGAGGAGCAAAAGAUCUUUGGUUUAAUGGUGGACAGACAAUCCCAAGGUACUACCCCAGACACCACUCCUGCCCGGACCCCAACAGAAGAGGGGACCCCGACAAGUGAGCAGAAUCCAUUCCUCUUUCAAGAAGGAAAGUUGUUUGAGAUGACCCGAAGCGGGGCCAUCGAUAUGACCAAAAGGUCCUAUGCAGAUGAGAGUUUUCACUUUUUCCAAAUUGGUCAAGAAGCUGGGGAAGAGACUCUUCCAGCAGAUAUCAAAGAAGGGACCCCUGGGGCUGAGCCCUCACAGCUGGAGAUGUCAGCCGAAUCACUAGCACUUUCAGAAUCAAAAGAAACAGUCGAUGAUGAAGCCGAAUUAGUGCCAGAUGACCUGAGUGAGGAUGUGGAGGAAAUCCCUGAUUCAGAUAGGCACCUUAGGUCUCAUGUGGAGAUUUCAGCUUCCCCUGAGGCAUCCACAAAUUGUGGAGGAGCCGAGGACCUCUCCACCCUGCAGACGGAUGAUGCACCUUCUUCGUCCAGUAUGAAGCCGAUACCUUGCCCUGACUCCCUUCAGCCGGCUGUACCAGGUCAGUUAGAUUUUUCCACAGUCACCAGGUCUGUAUAUUCAGAGAGAGACGAUGAGUCUCCCGAUUCUUCUCCAGAGGAAGAGAAAUCAGUGAUUGAAAUCCCCACCGCCCUCAUGGAGAACGUGCCUUCUGCUGAAAGCAAAUCCCAAAUUCCUACAAGGACUAUACUCACCUCAAGCCCAGCACCUCUCCCUGCAGAGGAGAGCGAAUUUUCUGAAGAUUCUGCACCUGGUCUGAAUGAGGGAAGUAUGGAAGAUGAAGCAAAACCAAAGUCCAAAAUCCCUGUCAAAGCAUCCAUCCAAAGAGGGGAGCAGCAACUCCCACAUCCAGAUUCAUCUUUGCAGAUGACAGUCACUGCUCAGGGACGGGACGGGACAAGCAGGACCUCAGAUCACAGAAGCAAAUCCGAAUCCGAUGCCUGUCCCUUGGACUCAAAGACCAAAUGCCCAGUGAAAGCUAGGAGUUACAUUGAGACAGAGGCAGAGAGCAGAGAGAGGUCAGAGGAGCUCGAGUUAGACUCAGAAGAAGGGGCCUCAAGACCAAAGAUAUUUACAUCCCGUUUGCCAGUUAAGAGCAAAAGCAGCACAGCUUCCUGCAAAGGGGGCGUGAGCCCUACAAGAGAAAGUAAGGAGCAUUUUUUUGACCUUUACAGGAAUUCCAUAGAAUUCUUUGAGGAGAUUAGUGAUGAGGCUUCCAAACUAGUGGAUAGGCUUACACAGUCAGAGAAGGAGCAGGAAUUAGCUUCAGAUGACGAAAGUAGUAGUGCCUUGGAAGUUUCAGUUAUUGAAAAUCUGCCAGCCGUUGAGAGCGAGCAUUCAGUUCCUGAGGACAUCUUUGACACAAGGCCCAUUUGGGAUGAGUCCAUUGAGACUCUGAUUGAACGCAUCCCCGAUGACAAUGGCCAUGACCAUGCUGAAGAUCCACAGGAUGAGCAGGAGCGGAUUGAGGAGAGGCUGGCUUACAUUGCCGAUCACCUUGGCUUCAGCUGGACAGAAUUAGCAAGGGAACUGGAUUUCACUGAGGAGCAAAUUCAUCAAAUUCGAAUUGAGAACCCCAACUCCCUUCAAGACCAGAGCCACGCACUACUGAAGUACUGGCUGGAAAGGGAUGGGAAGCAUGCUACAGAUACCAGCCUCAUUGAAUGCCUCACCAAGAUCAACCGGAUGGAUAUUGUUCAUCUCAUGGAGACCAGCACAGAAACGCUGCAGGAGCGCAUCAGUCACAGCUAUGCAGAAAUUGAACAGACCAUUACACUGGAUCAUAGUGAAGGAUUCUCAGUACUUCCAGAGGAGCUCUGCACUGCCCGGCACAAACAGAAAGAAGAACAAGCUGUGUCUAAAGAAAAUGAGUCUGACGAUCACCCACCUAUUGUCUCUGAGGAAGACAUCUCUGGAGGUUAUUCCACUUUCCAGGAUUGUACCCCCAAAGCUGAGGUGGACCCCUCAGAACCAGUGCUGUCUCCACAAGUGCACAAGGAACAAGUUCAACAAGAUUUCUCAGGGAAAAUGCAAGACCUGCCUGAAGAUCGGCAGGAAUACUUUGUAACUACUCCAGGAACAGAAGGGCCAAAGACUCAAAAGGCCACAGCAGUACCUGCCUCUCCCAGCAAGACUCCUGAAGAGAUCAGGAGUACCCCACAUGAGGAGGAGAGAAUGUACCUCCACACACCAACAUCCAGUGAGCCGAGCUGCUCUCCCAUUGUGCAAGAACCGGAAGAAUUCCCUAAGCCCAAGGAAGAGAGUUCUCCGCCAAAAACCAGCCUGGUGAUAGAAGAGUCAGCUGAGGUCCACCCACAGGCCUUGGCAAGGCAGGAUACAGAUGCAGCUUUUGAAAAGGGUGAUGAUAUGCCUGACAUACCCCCAGAAACCGUCACAGAAGAAGAAUAUAUUGACGAACAUGGACACACCGUCGUGAAGAAGGUUACUAGGAAAAUCAUUAGACGGUAUGUAGCCUCUGAUGGUACAGAGAAAGAAGAGAUUACCAUGCAAGGGAUGCCCCAGGAACCUAUCAGCAUCGAGGAUGGGGAUGGCUAUUCCAAAGUUAUAAAACGUGUGGUGCUGAAGAGUGACACUGAACAGUCAGAGGUAACUUUAUCUGAACCCAGCCUUUUGUCCAGCACCUCACAAUUUCAGGCUGAACCAGUAGAAGGCCGUAGAGUCAGCAAAGUUGUUAAGACAACUAUGGUACGUGGAGAGAGGAUGGAAAAGCAUCUGGGGGAUUCUAGGCUAGCCACUGAUCUUCCUUCAGCCAAAGAUGACUUUGAAGAGGACAACAAUGAGUAAGGCGAGUACACAGAAGAGGGCUGUGGUGAAGGACCAGCGUGGGACACGCAUUGACCUGGAGCAGCUGGAGGACGUAGCAGAGGCACUGGAGCAGGAUGACCUCCAGCGCGAUCUCCAGCAACUCCUUCGGCAUUUCUGCAAGGAGGACUCAAAGCAAGAGGCCCAAUGAAGGACUGCCCAGUUCUCACACCAGAAACCACACAUUCACUCAAUAUGCAACUUUCCACUUCCUUAGAAGAAUGACCUAACUGGCCUAAUCAAUGGGAUUUCCCUGACAUUGCCACUGUUAGCAAAAUAUAGAGCCCUUUGAUUCCCCCUCCCCUUCUUCCACAUCCUCCUUAACUACAAAGCUAAUUUGUGACCAAAGAUAGCAUCCUUCAUUCUGGAUGCUCUAUCCACUCACUACCUUGUGUGUCUGUGCUAUCCAGGGAACUGGCCGCCUCUGUUGUGCUUUGCUUCUGCAACCAGCUCCAUGGAAAUUCAUUGAUCAGAAGACUUCACCUGCAGAUCUCUUCCAGUAACAGAUAGAGGACUCCUUCGGAGGGAUGUAUCCGUAUAUAAUGUAUAUAGCUGAGAUGCUCAGAUCAACCACAUAUUAAAAUCAAAGCCACUGCCUAGCAUAACGUCACUGGGCAUCAUGGCAUCAAAGGCCUCUAGAAAUGGCUGAAUAACGGUUAAUUAAGAUAUUGCUAACACAAUCGAAUGUUAAUAUUGCAAAAGAAGCACUUCAGACCUACCUACCAUGUCCUACCACUUCCAGAGUAACCAUUGCUCCUAAUAAAACGUGGGUUAAUAAUAUUGAAAAAAAAAACACUGUCCUAACUAAGAAGUGACAGCUGGUGCUGACCAGCAAUAAUUUAUGACUCCAUUAGGCUCUUGAGGGUGUGGGCAAAGGAGCGGAAGGCAAAACAGGUCAAAGCAAUGAGGUAUUCAGUUGCUAGAAGCCAUGUCCGGUGACAUUCUAGCAUCUUCAGGUCUUUGAGAUUUUUGGACACGUUGGCAGGGUAUUUUAAAAGCUAUAACUACUGUAGGUUUCCAGUUUUCAUUGUUGCUUUUUGCAAACCACACUGUCUUACUGGUGGUCCUUCCUUCUGGCCGCUGCACUGUAGAUAAUCCAUUGAAGACAAGAUUUUGCCCAUGACACUAAAAUAUUAAAUUCCCCUCACCACAUUGCAAUGAUUUUCCUUUAUCUCUUUUCUUUUUGUGUUUAUAUUCUCUUGACUAUCUGCAUGUGGCAUUUGAAAAAAAAAGUCAAAAUCACAGUCAAAACCCCUCUUCUAAUUACAUUCAUGGUUUUCAUCCUUUCGACCCUUGAGUGAGCACUCUUCACUUUCUAGCUAGGUCUGUUUUUCAGCUUACAGAAAAGAGUGAGAAGUCCUUGGAAAAUUUGGUGUGGGUUAAAAUUUGGGGUUUAUUUAUUUGAAAUCCAAAUUUCCCCCGGGGAAACUCUGAAGUGAAUCUGUGCACUUUUCUUUUUCUUUUUCAUUUUUCUUUGUUUCCAAGAAGGGAGAAGAACCAUCUGAAUGAUUUUCACAUUUUGUUUCUUACUCCUCUAGUGGUUGGAGCUGUGUAACAUUUUGACAUUAUAUAUAUAUAUUCACAAUUAUAUACACAGUAUACAUUUUGAAUCAGUUAUUUGUUAAAGAAAACUAUAUUCAAUGAAAAUGAAUUAAAACAAAAAUAAAAGCAUCUAUCCUCCAGGAACUGAACUUUUUCCAACUCUAUCUGGUCUUUUCCUGUUGUGCAAAAAUGACUCAUUGCUCUGAAUGUCAAAACAAAAAGAAAAGAGACAUGACAAACAAUGGCACUUCAUCAUUGAAAGUAAUGUUGCCAAGAGAGAACUUCUACUGGGAGGGAGGAUUCCCAUAAACCAAAUCUCCUAAGCCUCAAAUGCUAGUUGGAUAGGAAAUAAAGCAAUCAUUGGCAGCCAAAAUAAGAGAAACCUAUGGUGAAAUUUUGAGACAUACCACGGCCUUCCUGUCAAAACCUUCACUGGAGCUCAAGAAAAGCAUUUCUGUUGUGUUAUUUGCAGUGCAGAUGAUGUCUGUAGCAACAUAAUGGUUAUUCACCUUCCUUUGAUUUUUUUUUGAUUUUUUUGCUGUGUUAUCAAAAAAAAA